AUGCAUCUCCCCCCCUUGGCAGCCUUCCCCGAGGCCUCGUGGCAGCAACAGCUGGCCCCCCGGGAAUGGGAAUCCCUCGUCCAGGCGUGGGCGGUCCUCUGCCGCGCCUACCUGCGUCUUUCGGACGACGACUUCAGAAAGCAGACGCAGUCGCGCGCCUCCCUGGUCGCCUUCUCGUCGACGUUUGUCCGCCACGUCGUCGCGGCGCCGGAGCUGCAAACAACGUCCGCUUCGCUCCUCCGGCCCGUCUUCCACCUGACCUCGCGGCUGCUCAGGCUCCUCGCCCCCCCGGACCUGCUCGAGUACUCGUUCCUCGCGGGCUUUGCCAGGAUAUACCCCAAGAAACGCACCUCUCGGCUCAUCGCGGCCGUGUUCGGCACUCCCUCGAGCAGCCUUCACAUCGAGGCCUCUCUCACCACGCUCAAGAAGCAGCUCAUCCCCAUCCUCGACGCCGGGAUCAAGGGAGAUGUGAGACUGGUCGAGGCCCGGCUAGUCUCGCUCGGCCCGCUGCUGCAUGCGUCGCCGCACGCGUGCGUACACUUGCUCGCCGGAUCGGACUUCCUCCAGGGCCUAGUGACGUGCUUCAAGGUCACGAACCCGCCGCUGAGAAGGGCCAUUGUCACGACCACGUACCUGUGCGUGGUUGGCCUGACGGAGGCGGAACCGCCGAAAUGGUCCAUGCUGAGCGACCAGCUGUUUGCGCUGAGGACCGUCGCCGAGGCGCAUAGGAUGGGGCCGCUGAACGCCAACGACUCGCUCGUGGCGGAGCUGGUUACCGCAACGCCCCUGUUGAAGGUACUGCUGAGGAGGGCCGAGGAGCGGGGCGUCGCCACGGAGAGCCUGAAGAAGCGCAUCGCCCUGUUGGAGUCGUUCGGGAAGGGGCCCAUGGCGAGGCCAGAGAGACGCGCCAGGAGCACGGCCGAUAAGGAAGACGUGCGCGCUGAGAUGCGUCUUCAGCGCGUCAGCCAGAUCGCCCGUGUUCAAGACUUGUUCCCGGACCUCGGGGCCGGCUUUGUGUCCAGAUGCCUCGACGAGUACAAUGACGAUGCGGAACUCGUCGUGGCGAAUCUACUCUCGGAAUCACUGCCGCAUCAUCUGGCUACGGCACACAGGAGCGAGCCCUUAUGUCCUUCAAAAGGUCCUCCUCUGCCAGACCCGGCACCGCCUCGGCCUACAUGCCCGCAUUUUCCGACCCGACGGAACGUGUUUGACGAUGAUGAGUUCGACCGCCUCGGCGCCGAUGAAUCCAAAAUUUCAUUCGGCAAGAAGCCGCGGAAGGACGCGGAUGAACUCCUCCGAGACAGAUCCGCGGCGCCAAACAAGGCCGCCGUUCUGUCUGCCCUUGCGUCAUUCGACUCUGACGACGACGAGCGCGAUGACACGUAUGAUGCGGCCGACGUUGGCGGCACUGUGGACUCGAUGGAUCAAGAAGCAGAUGGUGCACAUGAUGGAAGUGAAGAAGUCCUCUUCCGGGCAUAUCAAUCGGACGAGAGUGUGUUCGGCCGGGACGUUGCUACGAGGAGGAGUGGCGUGCGUGCGAAAAUGAGAGAAGAGACCGGCAUGACGGAUGAAGCUAUUGAGGGAUGGGCAGUCAUGCUGGCACGAAAUCCCCAGCAAAAGAGGAGACUGGACGCCAAAUACGCCUUUGCGGGGCAGCAAGCCCAGCUCGAGCGCACAGCCUGGAGAGCCGGUCCGGCUGGCUCGGCCACCGAAGAUGGUGAUGUCGACGGGGGAGCGCGUCGGGGUGAUGGCGGCAGAGGCAGGGGCAGAGGCGGCCGCGGACGUGGACGAGGAGGCCGGGGCGGCAGUGUCGGCCGAGCGACCGGCGAGAAGGAAACCGAAGCGGCAAGGAGCAGUAAAGAGGCACACAAGGGCUCCAGAGCAAAUCACAACAGGAGGGACGCUCGAGCAAGAAAAAUGGCUCGCGGAGGUUUUGCUGGCUGA